GUCAAGAAUAUUCAGGUAGUGGCUGCAGUUCUACCUCUGGUCUAGCUGCCAUGAAUCAUGGGCAAACUACCAGCAAAGGACUCUCCACUCAAGCACACAUUUACCAGCAACCACCACGGCUUCUCAUUGUGCAUGUCGCUCUGCCUUCAUGGGCUGACAUCUGCUCCAACCUUUGUGAGGCUCUGAAGAACUUUUUCUCUCUAGCCUGCAGCUUGAUGGGCCCCAGCCGCAUGUCCCUGUUCAGCUUAUACAUGGUGCAAAAUCAUCACGAGUGCAUCCUCCCCUUUAUGCAAGUGAAAGGAAAUUUUGCUAGGUUGCAGACCUGCAUCUCAGAGCUACGCAUGGUACAGAGAGAAGGUUGUUUCAGGCCACAGGGCACUUCUCUGACACUGGCAGUAGAGGAUGGGCUUCAGCAGUUCAAACAGUACAGCAGACAGGUGGCCUCAAGUGCAGCUCUGACCUACACUUCCCUGGAGAUUACUAUUCUGACUUCUCAGCCUGGAAAAGAGGUGGUCAAACAAUUGGAAGAAGGCUUGAGAAAUACUGACCUAGUCAGAGUCAGGAGGCUUCAGGUCGUUGAGAUCACAAAAGAAGCCCUAGAAUGUAUGGAAUCAGCAUCCCCUGUUAAGGAGCCCAGCAAUGAUGAGAGUUCCAUCUUGGGAACUGACAUUGACCUUCAGAUUAUAGACAACGAUAUUAUCAGCAUGGAGGUUUUCUUCAAAGCCUGGCUACACAACAGUGGAACCGACCGAGAACAUAUCCAUCUCCUUCUUCCUUCAGGGUGUUUCAGCAAGUUUUCCAGAGCCAGAGAUAAUCCAAUGUGUCUGAAAUGUGAUCUCCAAGAGCGACUUCUCAGCCCAUCUCUGCUUCCUGGCACAGCUGAUGGCUCCUUGAGAAUGGAUGACCCCAAAGGAGACUUCAGCACACUCUACCAGAUGGCUUCCCAGUCAACAGCCUCUCAAUAUAAGCUACGGGUGAUUAAGGCUCUAAAAUUUAGUGGCAUCUGCGAGUCACUGAUGUAUGGACUCCCGUUCAUCCUCAAACCCACAAGCUGUUGGCAGCUGGACUGGGAUGAGCUGGAGACAAAUCAGCAGCAUUUUCAUGCUUUGUGUCACAGCUUGCUGAAAAGAGAGUGGCUGCUGUUGGCCAAAGGGGAGCCCCUGAGCCUGGAGUACAGCCAGAGAGUCUCUGCCAGCACCUUCUAUGUGAUCAUGCCAUCACCCUCCCUCACUCUGCUGGUUAAGGCUGUGGCCACACGUGAACUGAUGCUGCCUAGCUCCUUCCCCCUGCUACCUGAGGACCCAACUGAUGACAGCCUUAAGACUGUGGAGAGCAUGCUGGACACCCUGGAACUAGAGCCCACCUACAACCCAUUGAAGGUCUGGAGCCACCUGUACUCACACCUGAACAGCAUGUUGGCCAAACCUCAAGGGCAGGUCCAAUCAAGCCGGGAGAGCCAGGCCCUGAGGAAGCAUCCCUACAAGGCUGGGCAAUUGCAGGCCAACCGAGUUCGAGCCACAGUGGCCCCUCUGCCUAUGACUCCAGUCCCAGUCAGAGCCCCCAAGAUGCCAGCAGCCCAGAAAGCUUCCUCUGAAGACUUCUUGCUUCCUUCUAAUGAGGAGGAGGAGGAAGAGGAUCCCUGA